UCUUGGUGUACCACUGACGAGUGCCACCCUGUUUGCCAAACCGGCUUUGGGAAGUGUUUAAAGUUUAUUCUCAAGAGAAAGAUUUGUAUCAUCUACUUAAGAUUUGGUAAUUUUGGUAGAAAAACAUGAAUCACAUGACCUGCAUAGCCGUGCUUAUCUGCGCGAUAAUAAGCCGCUUAUCCAAUCCUGUGUCAUCCCAAACUGAUGUGCUCGUUCGACAUUAUCCGCCCGGUUGGUUUGAAGCGCCCAGCUCCUUCGAAGAUUAUCCAGUUGGGAAAAUAGCCGGCGAAACCAUGACUAUCAUCAACCCAUGGUUGUAUCUACAGAGAAUGGGAAUUUUCAAAUUGAUGGAGCAGUAUACCCAAGGGUACUUCAAUUCCUGGGGGUAUAACAACACAGGGAACCUUCUUUGGGGACUUCCGCUCCAGUUCGGAUGGCAAAUGUCCACUGGACGUCUAAAUGAUAUGGCAGUUGGCCAGAGUCGUUGCACUGGCUCCCCCUGUGUCUCUCCAAACAGCUGGUGGGCUGAUAUGAAUUAUUACCUCUCUGUCCUACCGUUCUUAGGCGCCUUGAAAGCUGGGCUGUUUCCUCCUUUGAAAUAUCCUGUGUAUAUUUCCAAGCCAGCUGAUGUAAGCGACGUGGUCAAAGAUAAGUUCUGUACAAGUAUUGAAGAGUGCACGGAAAAACACUCUGAAGUUAUUAAACAUUGGGCUGAGUUCUUUACGCGAGUUAAAGGUGGUUCUGAAGAUGAUAACCAUGACGUAACGAUCGCCCUUAUGUGGAAGGCGCACACUACAUCGAUAUUGACGGCACAACCACUCUUCACUGAAGAGGUCAACCUUCUGUCCUUACCUGAAAGAAAAUUUGGAGUUGGCUGGGCCCUACUUGUAGAAUUCAUUGCAGCGACUUACUUCCAAACAAAUUUCAACGAAACUGCUGACCAACAGACUGCACUGCCGCCGCGAAUCCUGGAGGCCAGCGACAAAGUCCCUUUCAUCCCAGAUUUUACUGCAGCGCAAAAUCGUGUCCUUUUGGUUAUCAACCUCUUUCACAGUACAAAUGUUGACACUAACGGGCUAUUACUGAAGGUCUGGCAAAGGGCCAUGUGCUCCCCCGAGGGGCGCGCUGUAGGAAGGAGCAUUUUGGAGAGCGUAGAAGAUGACCCUUGGAUCAUUGCUCGAAAGAUAUUCGAGCUUCUUAACGUUAUGUUCAUUUACCCUUGUGAAAUCUGAGUUUUUUAAUGUAAUAAUCUAUGGCUUUUAAAAUAAAAAA